GAGUUACUUACCCUCCACUAAAGCAUUAGCACCCUCCACAUUCAGAGUUGGGCCUGGGGUCUACCAGGCGGAUGACACUCAGCCUUUGCCCCGGGACCUCAGAGAUUUGUGAUAGAGAUGGUUCUUUAAGCGGACUCUGAGAAACCAAGUGGUGAGCGCAGCGACAGGCGCUGUCAUGGGGCGGUGGGAAAUGCGCCUCGUUGUGCUUGUCAGGAAGAAGACUGAUUGACGGACAAUACAGAAAGAGGAAGGAGCGCAAGGCUAUACGGUGACAGACAGAACUGGAGCUCACGAACCAAAACUGAAUGAUGAGAAUAAGUGAAAAGUCAGACUGGGUUCCAGCCUGCUCUGCCGAGGAUGACCUCUUCCUGCCACAGCAGCCUUGAGGACACCAUCCACCCAACCAAGGAGUCCCUAAGCAGGGGCUUGGCGAUUCAGAUCCUCACACAAUGUCCCUCCCGGAACAUCCCAGUCAGACAGUUGGCAGCAGGGCGCCAGCGCAUCACCAAUGUUCGCUGCCAGACUUGUACGCAUCAGCUGAGAAUUUUAAUAAGGAGAGCAAGAAAUCAAAUUUCCAAAAACUCUGCGCCACCUCCUUUGAGGAAGCUCGGCGACUCCUCGGAAAAAAACUGAGUGCCGAGAGAAAAGAUGAGCCCCACCCUGCGGCACAGACCCGGGUUGGCAGCAAGGAGCAGAAGAUCGCGUCCAUGGCAGAUCUACUUCACCACAGCCUGCUGAUGGGCUCCCUCGUCCCUCUGGAGCAGUUAUCCAGGACCCAGCAUAGACUGAUCCAGGCGGGCAUCCCUCCUCCGGUGCACACGUUUCCGUACGGUUUCAGGACCGAUGAGCCGAUGGUUACUCCCACGGUCCCUUUUAGAAAGAGGCUUCCAAGCCACACGUUCCGCAAACUUCUCCUGGCUUCUGUUACCCCGGACAGGCUGGUGUUUAAAGAUAAAUCGAUGCGAUUCUUCUCCUCGGAGCCGGGCAAGCAGUUUCUGGACCUCGUGGACCUGGAGUGGCGGUAUUUCAGUGGACUUGCAAAGUGGGGGCGCAUUCCAAGGAAGUUCUCAUUCAUGGACAUAAAAUACAACACCGAGAAGAGAUUUGUUGAGAGCCAAGGCAUGCCUGGUCUGAUUUUUCCUCCUCUAGUUCGUAAGACUUUGGUGAUUUAUCCUCAGCUUGACUAUCAUGAAGAGGGAUAUUAUUCUCUUAAAUGGAAUGCAUAGUACACUGACAGUACUUCUGGACGUGGAUUGUUGAAUUUGAGAACAUUAAAUUUAUACAGGAGACAGAAAUUCAUCGGAUCCAUUUUUCUACACACCAUCUGUGCAAAGCUUAAAUCCAACUAUUCACAUGGAGGAAAAUGCCCACCUGACCUGCUAACGAUAGCCCUGGUUCACAUUUAUGACACUCAUCUGAGUCAGGAAUGGAGAUUCGAGAAUAAGUUUCCAGCAAGAGCCAAUCUUUACAAAGUUCACCUGACAGCACGUCUCCACGCUGAACCCCAUCCCACUCCUCCCACAGGUAAGUGCGUGGUGAUUCCAUCCCAUAAAAGAGUUGAACAACACAAUGAGUAAAAGAGUGAAAAAUGGGUACGGAGAUCAACGGGAGGAGGACUCCAAAAUAAAGUCUACUACUCAGAGGUAGGGAGGAAGGGGCACCCAUAAAACAAGAACAGGGUGAUGUGAAAAAGGAACAAGUUGGAAAUCUUGGAAAUGAAAAAUAAACCAUUGAAAUAGUGACACGAACUCCCAUGCCACCCCCCAAACCCGGGUACGUCUCAAGAGACAGGCUAGUAGUCUGGAAAGCGGUACUGAGAAGCUUCUAGAUAUAAAUCAAAAUGGAAGCUAUGAAAGAUCCUCUACAGCAAUCAGAUAAGGCAGAAGACAUCAAGAACAGAAAAGAGCUGACUUUAACUCAGCAUCAAGCAUUUCGUUUAAGAUGUAAAGAGAAGAUUUGAAGAGGAGACUUGGUGGGCAGGGGAGAGGGGGCACUUGUCCGGUAAGGAUGAGGCACAGGGUUUAAUCCCUAGCAGCAAAAAGGUGAAAAUAAUAGAAGGACACAAUUAUUCAGAAGUGAAGAAAUACAUGAGACUUCAUAUAGAAAACCUUUGUUACGUCACUAGCAAGAAAUUAGGAAUAAAUACCACCCCGGCAACAGGGCAGCAAAACUGCAGCACAUUAAACAGUAGAGGAAACAGAAUCUUAUAAAGAAGAAUGGAUUUCACUAAAAUAAGUAAAUGAUGGUGGCAUUUAACUAGCAAUAAACAUUGGAGGGCAAAGGUCACCUACUGCAAAGACUGAGGGAAGUCAACCACCAAGCAGCCAAACUCUUCAAAGAGCUGGAAGUUCAAUAAAUGUAUUUAAAUAUA